GUAGCGCAGGAGUAGCUGGCGGCCGCCAUGUUGUGAUUUGUUUUCACUUGUCCUCCCUCCCCCCAAACAUUGCCUGCGUGAUCGUGGUUUUUGUGCCGCUUACAGACGGAGGUCGCGGGAGGGAGGCCCGGAAUCUGCCUGGCAUCAGGAUAUCGUCGUAAGAGACGCGAGUCCAUGCCGUGUGAGAGCUAAGAGCCCGGAGCAGUAUGGCCGCUAUGUUAGGAGAUGAUGACUUUGAUCAGUUUGAUAAGCCUGGUGCGGAAAGGUCUCGGAGAAGAAGAACAGCCGAUGAUGACUGGGACAGUGAACUAGAGGAUGAUCUGCUGCAAGAAGACUACUUACCUGGAAAAAAGGCUUCACCUGAUUUGUCCGAUGAAGAACUUAAUGAUGAUCUCCUUCAAAGUGACGAAGAAGACCAAGACCAGCAAAAUUUCAGUGCGCAAGGUGUUGCGAUUAGCCUCAAUGCUACGGCUGGUGGCAUGUCAUCAUUUGACCUUUCGAAAAGCAUGAAUGAGUCUGUGCUGGAGGAACCAGAGUACGAAGAGGGAGAAUCUGAAGCUUAUUAUGAGGAAAUCGAGGAACCCGAAGGCUUCACUGAAGAUUUGGUUGAGUCGUAUGAAGAAAAUGAUGCUGACUUGCCAGAGGAAAACGCUGAAUAUGUUGAUGAUGAGACAGCCGAAGAGGUGUUGGAGCUGGAAAUCAAUGACCCUAUAGAUGAAUUUCAAGAGGAUGAAUAUUUGCAGUCAUACAAGAAGCAACAAAUGGAAGAGGAACCUCACUAUGAGGAGGAUAAUGAGGACCACGUGGCAGAGGUGGAGGAGACAGGAGAGAUGCAAGAGACUGCCAAUGAUGCUGAAGAGAUUAACGAAUCACAAGAGUUUCCAUCUGAAAUCAAAGAGGAGUCGGAUGAAGAGGAAGAUGAAGAAGAAGGUGAUAGUCGAAUACGCUUCAAAACAGAGCGUAAAGAGGGGACCAUCAUUCGACUCUCUGACGUAACCAGAGAAAGAAGAAAUAUUCCAGAAACACUCGAACUCUCCGCUGAAGCGAAGGCGUCCCUAAUGGAGUUUGAGGAAAUGGAACGGCAGCGAAAGCAAGGGCGAUACGGAUCGAGAAGAGGUGGAAGGCGUGGAGGAAACAACACUAUGCCCAGAGGAAUGCUCGAUCACAGACAUGAGAACCAGGACCGAAGAAACAUGAGGGAGCACCCUCAUGGAAGGCCACCCCAAGGGCAGCCCAUUCGAAGUCUGAUGCAGCAGCACCAAAUCCAGCCUCUCCUUCCAAUGCAGCGUCCCCGGAAUCCUUCCUGCGAUGGCAUGUCCUCUAGUCCACAGCAGGAGAAGUCCCGGCAUGGUGGGAAUGCUCUCCUGGCAUCUCCUCAGCAACCAAAAAACAUACAUAUAAAUCCUCAUUUCAAAGGAAAUGUGACCCCUGUCCAAGUGCCCGUGUUACCGGUACCGAACCAACCUCGUCCUCCUGUAGGACCACCUAGAUUUCAAGGCCCUCCAGAAUUUCAGCACAUCCAGAGUCCCGUUCCAGGAAACUUUAACCAACCCCCCCGACUUCAAGAGCCUUGGAGAAAUCCACCGCCUCAACCCGAGAGGGAGCCGUUCUUCAUGGGAGAGCCUCGUUUUCCAAACCACCACGUCUUCGAUCAAAGGAAUCCUCCACCUAUUCCACCACCUCCUCUUCUAAACAACCACCCUGUUCCCAACCAGAACCAGAUUCCAUUCAAUCCACCUGGGCAAGGGUUUAACCAACCAGGGCCACAACCGAGGUUUAACCAACCAGGGCCACAACCGAACUUCAACCAGCAUGGCCCACAGCCAGGCUUUAACCAGCACGGCCCACAGCCAGGCUUUAAUCAACCUGGCUAUAACCCACCUGGUCCACAACCCGGUUUUAAUCAACCUGGCCCUCAGCCUGGAUUUAAUCAGCCUGGUCAUCAACCUAAUUUUAACCAGCCUGGUCAUCCACCGGGCUUUAAUCAGCCUGGUUUUAAUCAACCGGGCCCCCAACCAGGGUUUAACCAUUCAGGCCCACAGCCACCAUUUAACCAACCAGGCUUCAACCAGCCAGGUUCUGGACCACAGCAAGGUUUUAACCAACAGGGACCUGGUCCUCAACCAGGAUUCAAUCAACCAGGCCCUGGAUCACAGUCGGGCUUUAACCAGCCAGGAUUUUCAAGAGAACGUCCUGUUCGAAUGAACAUGCCAUCUCCAGGACACAUGGGAAUCCCGCCGUUUAAUCAAAACACAACAAACAGACAUUUUACUCCACCAAGGCAGCAGUUUCAGCCAGGCCCUGGUCAGCCUUUUAUGUCUCAUACACCUCCAAAUAUGCAGGGUCCCAUGCAACCGCCCAUGCAGCAAAUGCAUCAGCAUCACCACCUUUCAGGACACCCAAAGCCGCCGGGACCCAUGCAGCAGCAGUUUAGACCACACUUGCAGAAUCCGCAGACGCCUUCAAAUAACAGGAUGCAGGGACAGCAGCGGCAGGGUGCCCCAAAACUCAGACAAAAUACCCCAGGUCAAAAUAUGGGAAUGGGGCCAAACCAACAGGCACAGCAUGCAAGGAAAAGUAACUUGCGCGAGUUACCUAUAGCGCCGUCCCACUCUUUGGACAUGGCCAAGAGAAGGUCGGAAUCUGUGCCCGCUGCUCAGGUCAAACCAGUAGGUACCACCGCACCUCGAGCAAGAACUGUGACUGUGGGCAAUCCACCUAUGAUGCCAACCGGCACGGCCAAGGAAGAAGUCAAAGUCGAAGAGCAGUUCGCUGAUGAAGAUGAAGAGACCAGGAAAUAUCGUUUGAAAAUAGAAGAGCAGAAGCGGUUAAGAGAAGAGAUUUUGAAACGGAAGGAGCUGCGGCGCCAGUUACAGGCGGGAGCCAGAAAAAAGGAGCUUCUCGAAAGACUUUCCCAGCAGAUACCCACCGCUUCUCACCCAGGCCAGACCGAGCCGGAGAAACAGCCCUCCCAGGUGGCAAAUAGUAACCCGAUACUGGCACACACUGGCACACCGGCACGGCCUAAUGUAAAAAAUAGACUGGUUCCUCCGAAUUCGGGGCCAUUGCCUGCUCAUGUACCGCAGGGUCCCAUCCCCAUGAACCAAACCCCCGGAAGCAACGCUCAACCUCACGGACCACAAAAGAAAAUGAUGAAACCGGUUGCGCAGAGCAGAGUAGUGACUGAAACCAUCUCCCAGAAAGUACUACAUGCGCAGCCCGCUCCUUCAGCAGCGAUGUCAGGGACCCAACAAACUUUGAAAGUUCUCCCUGUUCAGGGCAAGCCGCAGGGGCCAAGACCCGCGGGCACAAAACGGACAGUAAUGCAGAGGACGAACAGUGGAAGCGGCGAUGGGGCACAUAUCGUCCCUAAAGUGCGCGUGAUUAAAAUAUCUGGAGUGGAAGGCGAAAAUGUUUGCGUAGCUUCAUCCCAAGGCAUCCAGCAGACCCCGUCGCCCCACCGACCGCAGCCUCCGCUAAGACCACAACAGUUCCAGCAGAGACAUCCUCAACAGCCGAGGCUGGGGUCCGUUCGGAAAGUGACGCUGGGAAGAGGAGGCCUUCACCAUCCGUAUAACGCUCAGGGACAGCAACGACCGCAGCACCACGCCAUGGAGUCGGCUGUCCCGCAAGUCGUAAACAGUGUGCAGGGAGUUCAUCAGCCAAACAAGGUCAUUAUGCGUGGCAGAGGCAGAGGAGUAGUGGGACAGAUGGGCAGAGGACGCUUGAUGCCAAACAAACAAAACCUCCGCGUGGUGGAGUGCACGCCUCAGCCGUGUGUCGUGUCACUUGAAGGGCUUUCUUCGUCAACCAGCGAUCACAAGCUGAAAAACCUGCUGAUGUCAGUAGGACCGAUUCAGAGUUUCCAGAUGUUUCCACAUGAACGGAAGGCCAUAGCGACUUUUAAAGAACCGCAUCACGCCUCUGCGUUCCAACAGAAGUUCCACAGACAUAUGAUAGAUUUGUCACACAUCAAUGUGUCACUGGUUGGGGAAUAAUGCGAUUUAUUAACACGGAAGCUGAGAUGACCGCUGUUCUCCAGGAAAAAAAGAUGAAUACAAGAUUUUGAAUUUGCGUUUUUGGAUUUCCUGAAGACUGUCAAGAAAAUAACUGAUCAGACGCCUGUUUUUUUUUUCUUUUCUUUUUUCGGACAAAGACUAAUCCCAGUGUUACAGAAACUUUGGGCGACAACCACAAACUGUCCUUUUUUUAAUAUUAUUUCUGUCCUUACAUAUGUAUCUUGCAUGUUAGGCUGACUCUGCGUGAACAGAGACUGCAAAACUUGAGUUUAAUACAUGAUAGAAAAAAAGGAUUUUUAUCAUUAAGAAUACCUGAUAAUGGUUACACUUAUCUUCAGAGCUGUGUGCAAAACAAAUGACAGUUGAGUUAAUUAUCGAAACGCAAGGCUUAGCAAGUGGCACAUUCUAGAAUAGCUUUUAUAAAAAAAUAUAUAUAUAUAUUUAUAAAUGCGUAUCAUCUCGAUGCUUUCGUUCUCCCUGCUUCUUUUACCAUGCAACAUUUUGGAUCGCUUUGUUAGCUUUUUUUGGUUGUGGAUUCAAGUGGUUUCUUGACGAGCAGCCCUUUAAUUCUGCCGAAGGUCGUUGCUUAAUAUUUGUAUAUAGUGUUGUUUCUGAUCUAUAUAUCGUAGGUAGCUUUAAAAAAAAAAAUAAA